GGGGGAGGACAUCGCACCGAUUUUAAAAUGGAAGGGAAAGUGAAGCAGAGUCGCAGAUCCCGUUCGCAGCGCGAGAGGGGACGGAAACGGGAGGCGCGCGCCGGGGAAGCCCAAAAUCGGAGCCCCUCGUCUGGUUCCGAACGGGAGCGAAGUCCCGGUAAAAACGCUCCGCCGCGCUCGACUUCCUCGAGCAAAACCCCACGACCCCCCCGGAGGAAGAGACGCGAGUCUAGUUCUCAAGAGGAGGAUAUUAUUGAUGGAUUUGCUAUUGCCAGUUUCGUCAGUUUGGACCGUCUCGAGAACAAGAAUGUUUCAGUUAAAAUGGAAAAGAAGAAAUGGGAGGAGAUUGCUCAACAACAGAAGGAGGCCGAGGAGAACGUGACCCCUGACAUAGACGAGAACGGCUUCUGCAAUCUGGCCACCAGCAUGGGGCGAGACCAGGAGCGGGUGAAAGAUCGUCUGCUGAAGAACACGUACUCCAAGAGGAGCAAACGAUCUUCGAGUCUUCUGAGCCAGGCUGGGAAGAAAAUGGAGGAGACGGAGGUGAACACAGCACCCAGGAGCAGCUCCAAAGAUCGGCUCAGUGAGAGCUCCACUCACUCUCUGUCAGGACGAGGGUACUCGUGUGACAGCGAGAGUGACAUCGAUGACAAGGCAUCUGAUGUAGGAUCAGAGAAGCUUUUCUCGCCUACUGCACCUAAAGUUACGCCAACGAAUGAGAAUCUCGGGUCCAAAACUACCAGCUCGACCAAAGUGUCUGGACUUCAGCGUAGCCAGGAACAGAGUAACGACGUUUCGUUUGUCCCGCCGAUCUCAAGUCCGACUCCAGCAUCGCCCCCUACGGGGUCUCCUGCCCCUGCUGCGGCGGCAGCCCCCGCGCCUAGACCGCACCCAAUCUCCACGAACCCUCUCGCUAUCAAGAAGGAAUCUGUGCCCCCUAACCCCACCCCUUCCCUCCUGAGGAACCAAUCACAUUCACUGGAGCACAGAGUCCUGCCCCCAUCGCACCACAGCCAGCCAGUCAUCAGUCACCAUCACCAUCCUUCGCCAUACAGCAGUCUUCACGACAUCAGCAACAACCCUUCCACGCUUCCUCCAAAACACCACCUGCCUCACUCCCCUCAUCACCUCAGCGGCCUCCCGUCUCCUGCUCCUCCUCUUCCUCUCUCCAUAGCCGGUCUGCCCUCCUCCCACUACUCCCUUCACUCGCCCUCUCACCUCUCCAGCCAUCCGGCCAUGUUCGCCACCCCUGCUACACUGCCUCCUCCGCCCACCUUACCGACCAACAGCCUGGUGGUGCCAGGACACCCUGCCGGACCACCCUAUCCAGAGCAUGAUCUUCUGCGGCAGGAGCUGAACAACCGCUUCCUGGUUCAGAGCUCGGAGCGAGGUCGGGGGGCGGCGCCGGGGGCCACAGGGGCGCCGUUGGCCCCUGUGUCGCUCCUCCGGGCCGAGUUUCACCAACAUCAGCAUAUGCACCAGCACCAACACACGCAUCAGCACACCUUCACGCCUUUCCCUGCCAGUCUGCCCCCGGCAGCCAUCAUUGGGCCGCCCACUGCACCUCCCAUGGUGCGUGCCCCAGCCAGAAAUUUCGACAAGUACGCCCCAAAGCUGGACAAUCCUUUCUUGAGACAUUCAAAUUUCUUUCCAUCCUAUCCACCAACAAUGCCAGGCAUGCCUCCAUUGCUUCCACAUUCAGGGCCCUUCAGUUCACUGCAAGGAGCCUUCCAGCCAAAGGCCUCAAACCCUAUUGAUGUUGCAGCACGAUCAGGAACGGUCCCGCACACUCUCCUUCAGAAGGACCCAAGGAUAACAGAUCCUUUUAGGACCUCAGUAAGAAAGCCAGGCAAAUGGUGUGCAGUGCAUGUUCAAAUCGCCUGGCAGAUCUACCAUCAUCAGCAGAAGAUGAAACAGAUGCACUUGGACCCACAUAAACUGGAUAUGAAUGGAAAACUUGACCUGUUCAGCCGUCCUCCAGCUCCAGGCGUGUUCCCUGGGUUCCCCUACCCUCACGACCUGGCCAGACCCCUCUUUUCAUCAACAGGAUCGGGACAUCCAGCUGCUUCACCCUAUGGACCGUCUCCUCACCACGCUGGCUUCCUGCCUCCUAGCCAUUUGGCAGGUAAGUAUCCAUUCAGUCGCUCCAGUACCUUUGGCGGCCUCAGCAACCUUUCAAGCAGUGCCUUCGGUGGAUUAGGCAACCCAGCCCUCGGGGCCAACAGUGUAUUUGGACCCAAAGAGGGUCCAGGGCUGCCUGGUCUCAGUAGUCCUCAUCAUGACACCUGGAAUCGGCUGCACCGAACGCCACCCUCCUUCCCGACCCCUCCACAGUGGCCCAAAUCCGCAGACGCAGAAAGAAGCAGCUCUGCAAACAGCCAUGACAGAGAGAGAGAGCGGGAGCGUGAGAAAGAAAAAGAACGGGAAAGAGAAAAAAGGGACUCUUCUGUUGGGAAGGAAGAGAAGGAUAAAGACAGAGACUCUUUAGAUCGUAAUCGCCAUUCGAACCGCUCUUCGCCAGCUUCCGCUCCAGUUAGCUACCAGAUCAGCAACCUGAUCCGCUCCAACAGCCAGAACUCGACCGACUCUGGAAGACACCGCAGCGGUAGUGCCGACCGCAACCGUGAGCCUGAGAAAGAGUUGCUGGACCGCCAGCGAGAGGCAGGCGUUUUGGGAGACAUAAAGGUGAAGGAAAGCCGUUCUCCAGGGAAGGAAAUCACAGACAGACGUUCCUCGGAUGACUCUCUUAAAUCCGUUCACCGAUCGCCCUCUCCAUAUGCGAAAAAUGUCCUUAACGAUGCAGGAAUCAAGAUGGGUAUCCCACAACCGCUACCGAUGAAAGAAAGUGAGAGGGAUAGGAAGGAGACCAGCUCAGGGGAUCAGCUACAGAAGGUGAAGAAUGACAUGAAGAUCAAGGAGGAACGCAAAGAGGACCAGGACGUGAUGGUGAUUGGAUCCGAAGCUGCCACUAAACCGCAAGUCCCUCCUCCACCUCGCCAAACCACACCAAUUGCUCACCACCAUGGGCUAUCCCAUCAGCCUCCUCCGCCGUCUCCUCGCUGUAGUGACCCUCCAACACCGUCCUCACUUCACGGCGUCCCCAUGCCACACUCGUUGCCGCUCACUCUGAGCGCCAUGCAUCAAAUGGGAAGUCUGAAUGCACUUGAACGCACCCGCAUGGCACCUUUUAUGGGAGUCAGCCCUCUCGCAGCAGGUCGAGACCGCCUUCCUCAUCCGGCGUUUUCCUGGGAUCCCCUACGAGAGGCUUACCGAAACCUUGACCUUCAACGGCGCAUGGACUUCCAGCUGCGUUCUGAGCACGCACACCGCUUCCCUGGUGUCUACGAUCCAGAACGGCCCUAUCGGGAUCGGGAGCCACAUGACUACGCCCACCAUGAACACCUCUUGGAAGUUCGGCGGGAACAUGAGAGACUGAGGCAACAGGCUGAGGAAAGGGAACGGUUGCAUUUACGGGAGGAACUGGAUCGGGCAAGGCUCCACCAGCUUCACCAAUCGCCCAUCGAAGGACACUUACCCCAUAUGCCGCCAUUUAUGUCCCACCUUGGUGGGAUGCCGUACCCAAGGCUUAGCCCUUCAACAGGACAUAAUGGACUUCUUAAUCGGACACCCCCAACUGCAGCACUAAGUGCCCCUCCUCCUCUGGUACCCUCUGGUGCUGCCAGACCAGCGUCGCCAAGGCGGACUACGCCAAUCACCACCCAGGACCCUCGGGAGUACUCUCCGUCACGCAACCCCAAAGAAGUGGAGGCACGGUAACAUACAGAAAGGGGAAUGCCUCAUUUGAGUUGGACACUGGCAACAUGCACUUAUUUUCACACAAAGUAGAGUAAAUGAUAAAUAGAUACGUGUAAUUUGUACAAAUGUUUGUACCUUGGAACAAGCACAUCAACCGGAUUUUUUAAUUGAUUGGAGUUGGGGAAAAGAGUUGGUAGCUCCGACUCUUGGUAGCGCAAGACGUAAACGUGAACUACCAACCAGAAAUUUGAUAUUAAUAUAUUAAUCCGAUGCCUUUUCAGUUUUUCAUGUGAAAAGACAUUCUGAAAUUUGUUUGUACAUUUCCUAUCCCUCAUGUACAGACAUUUUUUUUAAUGUAUUUGCAUUAAGUUUCAUUCGUUCCCUGCCCUGUAUUUAUCCUAGUGAGCUGCUGGAUAUGGAUGUCGACAUAUCUGAACUGGUAUGAUCUCAGCUGAUUUGCUCUAUGGUACCUGGAAAUAUUCAGCGGUGGCCAUGUACAAAGUUACAUUUUCGAGGGUUUUUUUGUUUGUUUGCUUGAUUUUUCUUUUUGAGAUACGCAGACAAAUAUGUAUUACGAUAUUCUUGUUUGGUUUAUGUAAAGUUUAAAGAUAUUGUAAAUAUCUUGUUGAUAUUACUUGGAACGAAAUGACAUUGUACAUUUGUUAGGCUUUUUAAAUGUUUCUAAAAAACAAUGAAAUGAAACAGAACCACUUCCAGGUUGAAAACCGUGGUGACGGAGCUGUCCAAUCAGAGGGGAGGACUCGAAUGGGGGUGCUGUCAUGGCGGUGCAAUCUAUGCAAAGAGGAUUAAGAGUGUUCUGAUUGGACGGUUAUCAAAUGGAGUUCUAAAGUGGGAACCUGGAUAACUGUUAUUCAUUUGUCUAAUGAAGAGCCAAUGAAACAAACAGCUAUAAACUUCCGGGUCAUAAAGGAACUACUUUAGCAGUGAACACUUCUCCAGCCACAAAACCUGGACAUCUGAGAAACAUAUUGGAAUGGUUGGGGUGGCAAUAGACUCUUUCUGUCGACCUUGUGGUGUUGUGCAGUUGUUUUUCUUAGACUCUUGUAUACAAAACAAGUAGAGCUUUAGGCGUGAAAAAAAUGAAAAUGAACAUUCAUGGUUUAAAAAUGUAUGGAAUAAAGGUUGGACCUUAUAUCUGCA